AUGAUUUCCCUGCAUGCGUUGGCGUCUUUUAUUCUACCUGCUCAGUCAACGUCGCUGAGAGUUUUUGACCAGCCAGCCAAAUCUGGUCAGAGGUCUUACAAUCCUAGCGAGCCGCCACCUGCGGCGCAUUUUACCGCCAAGAUACACCCUCGAGAGCGAGAGGUUUCGGCGGAAGUGAACGGGUUUUUCCUCAAUCACUGGCCAUUUGCAGAUGCGAAAUCCAGAAAGAAGUUCGUGGCUGCGGGUUUCCCACAAGUCACCUGCUUCUACUAUCCUACCGCGUUGAACGACAGGAUUUCUUUCGCCUGUUAUCUUCUAACGCUUUUGUUCUUAAUUGAUGACCUCCUGGAAGACAUGUCUUUUGAAGCAGGCUCUUCUUACAACGAGAGACUCAUACUACUCUCCAAGGGAGAGUCGUUGCCAGAUCGCAGUGUCCCAGUCGAAUGGAUAACUUAUGACCUGUGGAAUGAUAUGAGGACUUGCGAUGAAGUCCUUGCCAAUGAGAUCCUUGAACCAGUAUUUACGUUCAUGCGCGCUCAAACUGACAAGACGCGACUACAAAUCAAGGAGUUGGGGCACUAUUUGAAGUAUCGAGAAAAGGACGUUGGUAAAGCGUAA